AUGGGAUACUCGUACAUCAUCGAGCACAUGGAGGCCGACGACCAUACGCCGAAGGCUCUCCCGGAAUGGGUUGAACUCGAAUAUAAGCAUAUGCUCGCGCUUGCAGGCAAGGACAGCACUGUGCACUUUACCCAUCUUUCGGACAGCUCCGCUCGCUCGCUGUUGUCCUCUCUCAACGCAUCGUCGGAUCCAUCGACAGCUAAAGGAGCAGCACAUACCGACGACAUCCUGAGCUGGCUGAAAUCUCAAUCCAUCUCGAUUGACCAAGUUUGUCUCCUCGACCCGAAAGCGACCUCUGCGUUGACACCCGAGGAUGGCAACGGGGUUUUUUCUUGCUUCUUAUUCGGUGGCAUACUUGGUGAUGAUCCUCCGCGUGAUCGCACAUCGGAGCUGCGAGUGCUUGGAUUCCCGACCCGCCAUCUGGGAUCGAUACAGAUGACAACGGAUACCGCACUGGGAGUCACCAAAAAAGUAGUCGAUGAUAAGGUUCCGCUUGACAAGAUACCGUAUAUCGAUUACCCAACGAUCACCUUCUCGGCGAACGAGAGCGUUGAGAUGCCAUUCAGGUACAUGGCGACAGGGGACAAUAAACCAUUGCUACCUCCAGGAAUGAAAGACCAUCUGAAGAAAGACUUGGACCAAAGCUUCGAGUUUUGA